CUCGGUAGGAGCAACACGCCCUUGUGGACGAAACUCCUGUUGGACAGAGGAGGACGGUGAUUGUGCGCGAUAGAGAGUCUCUCUUUCUCUCCGUUGGGAAAUAUGCACACUUUGGCGGCCCUGCCGGGGCACCCCGUGGUGGGAUUCGCUGUUCGUCCGUGCCCAAUGAUCAGCGGAGCUGCCGGCGGUCAGAGGAGUUCUGGCCACGCCAGCGUGUCUCUUUACCCCAUCCGCCAGAGGAGCGCGAGAUGCGGUUCAGUGAUUUGCAUGGCACCCGAAGAGGAGAAGAUGACCCGCCGCUCGCCUCUUGAUUUUCCCAUCGAAUGGGAAAGACCAAAGCCCGGACGGAGACCAGAUAUAUUUCCAAAGUUCAGCCCAAUGAAGACACCGCUUCCCACUCCAUUGCCGGCCGAUCCUCCUGAGGAAGAUGAGGAGGAAGAGGAAGAGAAGAAAGAGGAAGAAGAAGAGGAUCCAGACAAGGAGGAUCCCGAAAAGCCUCAAAAAGAAACUUAGGAUUUAGCAAACGCUUAGAACGCUGCAAGUCGUGUGAAGGAGGUUGAACUGUUAGAGAAAGUUGGUAUUGUAUUUUUUAUGAGGCUCAUAAACUAUUUUUGUUAGCUUAAAUGUGUAGCUUUAUUUGGCUUUUACGAUAUUUUCUUCUAUUUUGUGA